AUGGACAAUUUGCUACUCCUCUUUGUCUUUUUCCUUCUCUUUUCAUCUGUUUAUGCAAACUAUGAUUGCCCUCCGGAUUCCACUUGUGGAAAUAAUCGUUUUGACAUCCGAUUUCCUUUUGGAUUACAAGGGCCACAAAAUCUUCGACAUUGUACAUAUCCUGGUUUCAACCUAAAAUGCAACAAUCGAGGCAGAGCAACUCUAAAUGUUCCAGGUGCAGGGAAUUUCUAUGUAAGAGAUAUCGACUACCUGACACAAGAAAUUCAACUCUACGAUCCAUUUAAUUGCCUCCCAAAACGGCUUACUGAGUUUCAAAUUCCUUCUUCUUCUCCCUUCAGGGCUGUCUACUAUCGAAAUUAUACUUUCUUGACUUGUUCGACAGAUUUGGUCACGUCUCGUAUCAAUGUUAUUGGUUGUAUGAGUAAUUCUACUAUAUCCACUUUGGCUACUUCUUCAAUGAGUCUUGCAAGAGAAAUGAUAAGUUUGUAUAACUGCAGUGUAAAUAGCACUUUGUCUCUUCCUUCCUCGUGGACUUCCGAAUAUGAGCCAGUUUUUUCAAGUGACCUCAAUAAUGAUCUUGUGUUAACAUGGGAUGAACCAAACUGCCAAAAUUGUGAAGCGAAACGAGAUCAUUGUGGGUUUAAGAAUGCAACUACUGGAGAAGUUCGAUGCUUUGAUGCUCCUGGAACAGGCAGUACAAAAAUUAUGAAAAUUUUCCGAAUUGUUGCACUAGCCUUAGUGAUACCAGCCAUCACAUGUUCAAUGGCUAUGACAUUUUACAUCUGUUAUGAGCAAAGCCGAGAGAGCCGGCAAGCGGCCGCUACUCUCCCGAACACUACUGCCGGUGGAGCAGCCGUAGUACCACAUGAACCGGAAACGACUAUCGGCCUUGACGACUCAACGAUCGAAUCGUACACAAAAGUUGUCCUAGGAGAAAGUAGGAGAGUUCCAGGGCCAAAUCAUGGAACUUGUCCAAUUUGUUUGGCAGACUACCAUCCGAAAGAGACGGUGAGAUGCAUACCUGAAUGUGAACAUUGCUUCCAUGCUGAAUGCAUUGAUGCAUGGUUAAAGAUUAAUGGUACUUGUCCUGUUUGUAGAAAUAAUCCUUCCCCUGUUCAUGUUAAUUCUUCAUAG